CUACAAUGGUUAUUUGCCACAGGGCGAUCGCGGCCGAAGACGUUCCAAGUUUGUCCUGUACAAACGCAGUGAACCCAGUGGUGUCAAACGUUCCAAACACUACAUUGUCCAAUCGCCACAAACAUCAAAAGCCAUACUCGAUGCCAAUCAACAUUCAAUAUCGUACACAUUAUCUCGCAAUCAAGCUGUCAUAGUCGAAUACAAAGAGGAUACGGAAACGGAUAUGUUUCAGGUUGGCCGCUCUUCAGAAUCACCCAUAGAUUUUGUGGUUAUGGACACACUGCCCGGUGACAAGAAAGAUGCAAAAGUAAUGCAGAGUACAAUAUCACGUUUUGCAUGUCGCAUUCUGGUCAAUCGAAGUGAACCCUCAAAAGCGAGAAUAUUUGCAGCCGGCUUCGAUUCGAGUAGGAAUAUUUUCUUGGGUGAAAAAGCUACCAAAUGGCAGGAUAAUGUGGAAAUCGAUGGCCUUACAACAAACGGUGUUUUAAUUAUGCAUCCACGGGGUCAGUUUUGUGGCGGCAAUGCCAAAUGCGGCAUUUGGCGUGAAUGUUCGGUGGGUGGUGAUGUCUUUAGUCUGCGUGAAUCUCGCUCAGCCCAACAGAAAGGACAACCGAUUUAUGAUGAAUCAAAUGUCUUGCAAGAUGGCACUCUAAUUGAUCUAUGUGGUGCCACACUACUGUGGCGUUCCGCAGAAGGACUACAGCAUUCACCGACAAAACGCGAUUUGGAAAAAUUAAUUGACGAAGUCAAUGCUGGUCGUCCUCAAUGUCCUGUUGGCCUUAAUACCUUAGUUAUACCCCGUAAAGUGAAUAUUGGUGAUCAAAUUAAUCAGCCUUAUGUGUACUUAAAUUGUGGUCAUGUUCAAGGCCAUCACGAUUGGGGUCAGGAUAAAAGCACCGGUGCCCGACGCUGUCCAAUGUGUUUAGAAGUAGGACCUGUUGUGACAUUGUGUAUGGGUCUCGAACCGGCAUUCUAUGUAGAUAUUGGCCCGCCAACAUUUGCAUUUAAUCCAUGUGGUCACAUGGCGACUGAGAAAACUGUUAAAUAUUGGGUCAAUGUGGAUAUACCACAUGGUACAAAUGCUUUUCAACCUGUUUGUCCAUUCUGUGCGACGCCAUUAGACGCCAAUUCGGGUUAUAUUAAAUUAAUUUUUCAAGAUAAUUUAGAUUAAAGAUGUGUAUUAUAUAAAUAUAUAUUAUUAUUA